AUGUAUAAAUAAGGUGCUACAAAAACAUCAGAAUUCAGUACUACCUAGAGCCAGCCAAAACAAUACCAAUUCCAAGUCUCACUCAUUACUCAGUACUACACUCUUUCAAAAUCUCCACAACCCAACCACUCCCUCUCAUUCUCUCUCUCUCUCUCUCAAGCCCCAAAAAACCCUUUACAGCUCCAAUGGCUCUGUUCCAUUCAUUUUCCUGUUUCAUCAUCGUCUUCCUCUCAACCCUUAUGUCUCUUCUUGUUAUUUCAUACCAGCAACCAUUGCUAGACCCAGCCGAGCAAGACGCUGUGUACCAUGUCCUUGACUCCAUCAACCCCACCAUUCCUUGGCGCUCACUCUACCCCGACGACCUCUGCUCCUCCGCCCCACACGGCGUCGCUUGCGACUACUUCACCUCCGAUUCCGAUUCCGAAACCGAUACAACAGUAACAGUCCACGUCACACAGCUCAGUUUCGGAUACGUUUCGGACUACACUCCAAACCCACCUUGCUCCUCAAACUCCACACUCAGUCCUCUACUCUUCACCUCCUUCGGCUACCUCCGCAAGCUCUUCUUCUACAAUUGCUUCAACGACACGAAACGCGUUUCGCUCUUCUCCAACGUUUCGCCGAGUUUCAUGUCCACUCUCGAAGAGUUGGUGUUCAUAGACAACCCAUCUUUUGUUGCACCUCUCAGUGGCAUUUUCCGUAAUUACACCAACCUGAGAAGGGCAGUUCUGACCGGGAAUGGAAUCUUCGGAGAAAUCCCAGAUUGGGUUGGCGAUUUGGUCAAUCUUGAAGAACUCACACUUUCAAGAAACCAGCUUAAUGGCGGGGUUACCUUAAAUUUUCCGAAGAAGCUCAAGGUUCUUGAUUUGAGUCAUAAUCAUUUUGACGGAUAUGUCCCUGAAUCUUUGGGUAAUCUCACUGAGCUUCUGAAGCUGGAUUUGAGUUUCAAUGGGUUUUAUGGUAAAAUCCCAGAUGGCUUAAGUGGGUUACAGAGGUUGGAGUUUUUGGAUUUGAGUUUUAACCGUUUUGGCAAUUUUGGGGUUCCAUUGUUUUUAGCGGGGAUGCCAAAAUUGAAGGAAGUGUAUUUGAGUGGGAAUUUACUAGAAGGGCAGAUUCCGGAAAUAUGGGAAAAGCUGGGGGGUAUUUUGGGAAUAGGGUUGUCAAAUCUGGGACUUGUUGGGAAUAUUCCAGUUUCAAUGGGGGUGCAUUUGAGAAACUUGAGCUACCUGGGUCUUGACAACAACAAGCUUGAAGGGACUGUGCCUGUGGAAUUUGGGCUUUUGAAGUUUGUGAAUGAAAUCAAUUUGGAGAACAACAGUUUGAGUGGCAGAGUCCCAUUUUCUGAAUUCAAAAUUGGUCAGAAGCUAAAGCUAGAGGGAAAUCCAGAGCUUUGUGGUGAUGAAGGAUAUGUUGGAUUGAAUUUGAAGGUGUGCAGCAACAAGCCAGUUACAGUUAUUCCUAACCCUGUUCUUUUCAAAGUGGCUAGUAGUUCUUCAUUGCAGGUUGUUCCUCACGUGUUUAUAAUAAUAUUUGUUGGGUUUUUCAGUUUUUUGUUUUUCUUUGUUGGAUUCUUAGGUUAGGGGGGAUUGUGUUAAAAGAAAAGACAACAGAUUAGGGCUGACAAAGUUUUAACAGGUUAAUAGUACUCUUACUAGAAAAAAAA